GGUUAUUGAUGUACCUGUCAAACCACGACGUCUUACAUUCGACUUUGUGUAGUACAACAAAUCCAUGAGAUUUUCAUAGUCUAGUUGUAUAUGUUUGUACUCAAAAUUAUAUAAAAUAUGCCGAAAAACAAAGGAAAAGGUGGUAAAAAUAGGAGGAGGGGUAAAAAUGAAAACGAAACAGAAAAACGUGAGUUGGUCUUCAAAGAAGAUGGCCAAGAGUACGCCCAAGUCACAAAAAUGCUCGGUAAUGGCCGCCUGGAGGCCAUGUGCUUUGAUGGCAUAAAACGUUUAUGUCAUAUUCGUGGCAAAUUAAGAAAAAAGGUUUGGAUUAAUCAAGGCGAUAUUAUACUAAUUGGUUUAAGAGAUUACCAAGAUGCUAAAGCAGAUGUCAUCUUGAAAUACACCCCUGAUGAGGCAAGGAAUCUUAAAACCUAUGGAGAAUUUCCAGAAACAGUGCGCAUCAAUGAGACUGUUGUCUAUUCUGUGGAUGGUUUGGACGAGGAUAUCGAAUUCGGAGAUGAAGUCAGUUCCGAAGAUGAAGCAGAUGCGGUUGAUGCUAUAUAAAAUUCUAGUUCUAUUUAUAAUAAUAUUUACAGUAAGUCUAUGUAAAUUUAUUUUGAUGUUAUAAAUAAACAUGACUGUGAAUUUGUAAAGCUCUGCAAAUUUUCAAACAUUAGAAAUAAUGUAUACCUAGUACUAUUACUAUCAGUAUUUAUUACUCGAAAUUACAGUGUAAAUGUCAAUAAUAUAUGGUAAACGAUUGUCAAUAUAAUAAAUAAAUUAUCACAAAACCUUAUAUUAACAAUAGAAGAAAACAAAUUUUCUGUGGAACAUUCCUUGAAUUGAUUUUACACAUUAAUAUUUAGAGUCAUUCUUAAAUUUUUAAGGAAUGUAUAUAAAUUAUUAAAUAU